AUGGGGGCUGGUGGUGCCCACCGUAAACGCCGGAUGAGUUAUGAGAUUCAAGCUAAGGGAUUCAGCCACGCCCAGUUCAAGCUCAAAGCCGGUAAUAUUUAUUAUUUGAGAGGCUCAUUUUUCCCAUCUAAUACAGACAAGACUAAGGACGAUUUGCUAUUCUUUGAGGCGUCGGAUCGUGUUUUGAUUGGACCAAUUGAGACUUUCAGCGGCGAUCUGGUUGAUUCAAUUGGUGUAACUGGAGUUGGCAUUGUAACUGCUAUUGACCAGAUGCCCGAGCCUAUCACUAACGGAUGCAAGCCAAACCCAGCCGACGGUGAAAAGAUUGUUACUAUUGUUACCGUGCUUCACUCGGAUUACCACCCAAUUUCAAAGGAACCGAGACAAUGUAAAGUUCAGUAUCGAAUUCCGCCAACUCGCAACUUGGCUGGUACCCCGAAAAUACUAAGAAUCAGCCGUGAAUAUCAAUUCCAUGGAUUUCUCAAGGACUUUGAUGAGGUCAACUUUCUGUAUGUAGUAAUUGCAAGCAAAGUUUCACCAACUACCGGUAGUAAAGAAUACGAGGUUGGAGCCAAAGCUAGCAAUGAAGAUAACAACGAAGUCAAAGCGGUGACAUCAAAAAACAAGCCCGUUAAAUUCACGCCAGCACCUGUCAAUGCGCCUUUCAAGUCCCCAGUUAUCGCUACAGAUUCGGAAUCAGGUUCUAAUCUAACAUUUGGACCCGCAGAUUUCGGACCCUCCUCUUUCUCUUCUGCAUCUUCAAGACCAACUCCAGGCGAAUCUUCCAACUCAUCUGAUGCUGUGAAUCCUAGCUUAGACUCAGGUUCCCUUGGUAAGAAGAGGAGUCGGGCUCAACCAAAGCGCGCAGGCAAGAAAGCCAAAGCCCUCGAUUUGAGCUUGGAAGAUUAA